UACCGAACGCAACUACUGUCAACUAUUGUCAAUUUCAAUUGUUGUCAUCAAUCUGACAGUUUUAUAAAACUAUCUCUUAAAGCUAUGAGUAGCUUAAUAAAAUCUCUAAAACCUCCCAAAGCGUGGUUGAAAAACAAUGCCAUUUUAGUCACGGCUAUCAGAAAUCACUGGAAUAAAGAUUAUAAACCAGGUCCUUAUCCCCAAACCGAAGAAGAACGACAAGCGGCAGCGGAAAAAUACGGACUACAUCCAUCUGAAUACGAACCUUAUCCAGAUGACGGGCAAGGAUGCGGGGAUUAUCCCAAACUACCAAUGCAAUCAAUUGAAUCCAGAGAUCCGUUUUAUCCUUGGGAUAACCCCGAAUUGAAAAGGAAUUUCGGCGAAACUUUACAUGCGGAGUAUGAUUUAUUGAGAGAAGAUAGAUAUGAUGUAAGCGUGAAAUUGAGACGUCCUAUGUGGUUUUUGUGGGCUCAGUUUUUAGGAGUAAUGUUCGGUACUUUCGGAAUUUAUUAUCUCCUAGAAAACGUUAAAAUGUUUCAUUCUGUUAUGCCCAGGCAAUAUCCGAAAGAAGGAAAAGUUCAUUAUACUUUCGAACCCGCAGAAUGAUUUAUGAAAAAAAUGUAUUAUAGAUAAUUUUAUGUUGAAAUAAAUAUUUAAAACUUGA